CCCCUGAGCCCGUGCUCCUUUAAGAACAACUAGCUGGAGCAGGGUGAUACAGGAUGUACCCUUGGGUUUUGACACCUAACCCAUAAAGGGACUCCUCCGUCUUAACAACUUCUGGAAGCAAACACAGGGGCCUGGCCAGUUACAACACUGCUCAGCAAUUUAACAUCAUUUCUUUGCUUCUGAGUAACUUGAAGAGACCAUUGACGGGGUAACACCAAGAACUCAAGCUCUUGUGGAAUUGAAACAAAUAAAAGUAUGGAUAUGGGAAAUCAACAUCCUGCUAUGUGUAGGCUUCAGGAAAUACAAAAGGAAGUCAAGAGUAUUGAACAGCAAGUAAUUGGCUUCAGUGGUCUUUCAGAUGACAAGAACUAUAAGAAGCUGGAGAGGAUUCUGACUAAACAACUUUUUGAAGUCGACUCUGUAGAUACUGAAGGAAAGGGGGAUAUUCAACAAGCCAGAAAAAGAGUUGCUCAAGACAUAGAGCGCCUUCUCAAAGAACUGGAGCAGAAUGCAAACCACCCACACCGGAUAGAGAUAGAGAAUAUUUUUAAGGAAGCUCAGUUACUUGUCAAGGAAGAAAUUGCUCCACUCUGUAGUGGAGAUAACCGGGUAACAGAUGAAUUUGAAGAAGCCAUCCAAGAUGUCAUACUGAGACUGACACAUGUAAAAACUGGAGGGAAAAUCUCUUUGCGAAAAGCAAGAUAUCACACAUUGACCAGAAUAUGUGCAGUUCAAGAGAUUAUUGAAGAUUCCAUGAAGAGGCAGCCUUCCUUGCCACUUUCUGAAGAUGCACAUCCUUCUGUCUCCAAAAUAAACUCUGUUAUGUGCGAAGUGAACAAAGCCAGAGGGACUCUUAUUGCUCUUUUAAUGGGAGUAAAUAACAGUGAGACUUGCAAGCACUUGUCCUGUGUGCUCUCAGGGUUGAUUGCUGAUCUGGAUGCUUUAGAUGUUUGUGGACGUACAGAAAUAAGAAAUUAUAGGAAGGAAGUAGUAGAAGAUAUCAACAAAUUAUUGAAAUAUUUGGAUUUAGAAGAAGAAGCAGAUUCUACUUAUGCAUUUGACCUGGGACAGAAUCAAUCCAUUUUAAAAAUAGAAGGGGUCCUCAAGAAAAUGAGAGAAGUAAAGAAUGAACUUCUUAAAGCACAAAAUCCUUCUGAUUUAUACCUGGGAUCAAAGACAGAAUUGCAGGGUUUAAUUGGACAGUUGGAUGAAGUGGACCUUGGAAAGAACCCAUGUAUUCGAGAAGCAAGAAGAAGAGCUGUAAUAGAAGUGCAAACACUUAUGACUUUUAUUGACUUGAAAGAAGCUCUUGAGAAAAGAAAGCAGGGGGUUGCUGAGGAACACCCAUCCCACAAAGCCAUCUGGAAUGUUCUUGGAAGCUUGUCUGAGAUCUUGAGAGAAGUUCUUUCAUUUGAUGGAAAUAGAACUGAUAAGACCUAUAUAAGGCUGGAGGAACUCCUCACAAAGCAACUGUUAGCACUAGAUGCUGUGGAUCCUGAAGGAGAGGAGAAAUGCAAAGCUGCCAGAAAACAAGCUGUGAAGCUUGCACAGAAUAUUCUCAGCUAUCUUGACUUGAAAUCAGAUGAAUGGGAAUACUAAGAUACCAGAGGUGACUCAGACCAGAAAAACAAAGGCAGCUUGUUUCAGCCAUGCAAAUUUAGAAUGGGCCCAUCAACCUAAAGAAAUUAGUACAGGUGGAAAAGAAAUCACACUUUGUGAAGAGUUAAGAAUUUUAAUAAAAAUGGAAAAUUUUACUCCCCCCAA